CAAUGCAAAAUAAGCGCACCAAUGACGACGUUGCUAUCCGGCUGUCCGCCGCAUGUACACGUAUGUACAUACGAUUGUUCGUACUGUUCUUAUAUGUUUGUGUGCUGUAUUGCUCUCGUCGUCUUAAUUCAAUGAUGAAUGAAACUCCAAUGGUAACACUAACAUUAAAGGCCAGAUAACCACUUUGAAAGUAUGCCUCCAAAGUCCCCAGCAAAGAGUGCUAAAGGAAAGAAGGGAAAAUUGAGCAAGGCAGACAAAGAACGACUCAAGAAAGAAGAAUUGGAGCUUAAAGCUAAAGAGGAAGAAGAUGCACGAAUCAAAGCUGAACAAGAAGAAAAAGAAAGAUUGGAGAGAGAACGAAUUGAACGAGAAGAACGACAAAGAAUAGAAGCUGCUGAGAGUCAGCGCCAUGUGACUGAAGUGAGUGAGUUGAUAUCUAUUUUGGAGGGUAAUGAUAUUGCUCUAGUUAACAUAGAUGAUGAGAGACGAGCUAAAGCCAAGUGGGAGCGUUACAUGCGAUGUGAUGGCACUCCAGAUCCUACUAUCGCUGCUGAGGUUAAUACCUAUAUUAAUCUAUGGCAUGAAGACAUUAGCAGCAACAAUAUUGAUGCAGUCAUUAAAGAGAGUAAACAGACAUUGGCUUUGUUAUCUGAGUUGGACUACUUGCUUGAAGAAACACCUGAGAAGGAUCUUAGUGAGAGAGAAGCAGAGCGUUAUAGAGAGACUAAGUCUGAGUUACAACACUUACUGAGUAGUAAGCUAGAUGCAUCUACUGUACUAUUACUCAAGGCAGCAUCUAUAAUGGCAGACACAGAGACGGGCAAUUUACAAUUGGUGAAAAGCAGUGGAGAUUUCACUCUCAUGUUAUGGGGAAAUCUGACCAAGAAUCCACGCUUCAAGUCAUUUGAAUUUGAGGAGGAGAAGUUCAUGUUUGAAUUGCCCAAACAGUUGGCCCUGUCAGAUAUAGCAGUCCGAGUGAUCAGGACCCAGUAUGAUCACUUCUCCCAACAGUGUAGAACCUUCCUUGCCAAGAAGAAGAAGAAGAAGUCAAUAACUCCAGUAGAGGUUCAUCCUACCUUGGAGGAAGAGCUAAAAGAAGAAAAAGGAGAUGCAUCUAAGACUGGAGAUGAAGAUGAAGGGCAAGACAUUGAUGACAAACAGAAAGAAGAGGAGUCAUCAGUUGUACAGGAGGAAACUAAAGAUGAAAAUGAUGAAGAGAAACCGACAGCAACACCCUCCAAGACACCCCAACCUGAACAACCUGCACAAACAGAGUUGGAAGAAGACCAGGAAGAUGAGCCAGAAGAGGAGUAUGAUCAAGAAGAUGAAGAUACUGUAGACCUCCGAGCAUAUCAAGUCCUAGGAGGAGUCAGUCAUCUGGAUCUAUUGUCUUUACCACCACAACCUAAACAAGUCAAAUCAUGGAUUAUGACACAAGUAUCUGAUGAUGAGUUGAAGAAGGUUGCCUAUCCUGCUACUGAUAAUCGACUAGGUCAAACUCUGUCAGGUACAAUGACUAUGGGUCAGACAUUAGACCCUAAAGCUUUAGCCAAUGCUGCAGCAGCUACUGAAGCAUUAGGUGCACCACCUAUUGGCAUCAGCUUCAGGUUACGUGAUGAUGUUCUGUACAGUGAAGAACCACAGAUGGCUUACUGGUGUCCGGACAGGAAACAAUGGAGACUGGAUGGCUUCAUUGAUAUAAAGUACAAUGAUGAAACACGAAUACUAUCUUUCAAGACGAUCAACUUUGGACCACUGGCAUGUCUUCAAGAUAAACACAUCAAUAUGCCAUUCCAAUCAUGGGAGUUACGCCCUCUGGCUCUGAAUCAUGUUAGGUUUACUGUUAUGGCAGCAAUCAUUGAAGCAGAGAUCGAAGUCAAAGGUUCAUUGUGUUGUUUUAGGCAGACAUCAGACAGCGAUGUAAAGCCAGAGUUGAAUAACUUGAAGGACAAAUGGAUGACACUUAAACAACUAAUGAAGGCAAUGAUCAAAGCUGGAGUCAAUCUAUUCCCUGAUGAAGAUUCUAAGAAGUAUGUCAGUAUUAAUGAGAAGAAUACAGUUAUUGAAGAUUCCAUGUAUCAUCAAAUGGCUCUGUCUGCGUCUCACUUUGCUUUCUCCUGGAGUAAAAUGAACUCAGAAGGUGGAGCAGACAAGGUCAUAGUUCAAGGCUGUCAGAAACUCAUUGAUGAGACUCCUCAUGAUAAUAAGGAUGAAUGGUCGUUGUUGAUGGUGAGUAAACAGCGAGCAAUGAAGCUAAGAAUCACCGAGUAUGAUAGUGAAUUCUCUGAAGACUACGCAGAUGGAUCUCAGUUCCAUGCAGACUUGUAUCACAUGGUGUGUGAGUUAUCCAGUGAUGAGGGAAUGGAUAGAAUGCGUAAUACUGACUUCCGCUUUGUGGAUACUGUGUAUCAGUUGCUUGCAGCUACUAGACUAAUCACCUACUCAUAAACUACAGUUACUGGUAACAUGCUGGUUUGGUUUUAUACAACAUUUUCCUACAUUUUCAGACCAUACAAAAUGUAAAAAGUUGUUGUGGGGGAUGCUAAGCAUAGAAAGAGAAUGAAACAAAAUGCCUGAAUUUUGUCUGGCUACAAUUGAGAUUACUGUGAUCUGUGUUUGUGCAAGAAGUAAAAUGUGCCUGUAAACUUUGUAUAUCUGAGAAUGUUUAAAGGCAGUGGACACUAUUGGUAUUUACUCAAAAUAAUUAUUAGCAUAAAACCUUUCUUGGUGACAAGU